UGCCCAGUUAGCUGUAAUGGCUGGAGCUGCGCUGAUCCAAAGCCAGGAGCCAGGAGCUUCUUCUGGGUCUCCCACCUGGGUGCAGGGGCCCAAAGCCUUGAGCCAUCUUCCGCUGCAUUCCCAGGCCAUAGCAGGGAGCUGGCCUGGAAGUGGAGUACCUGGUACUUGAACUGGCGCCCAUACGGGGUGACAGCGCUGCAGGCAGCAACUUUUACCUGCUGUGCCACAGCGUUGGCCCCAAGCUUCUCGCUUCUUGCAUCACCCAUCACAGCCCUUCUGUGUCAGAUCUUGCAAUGCUCUCUGUUUCCUCGUGCAGGGUCUGAUUGAUACAGAGCUCAAGUGAUACCGAUAAGAAUCUCUUACACGUAAAUUCAAGAUUUGUCACAUUUUCUGAAGUCCCAGAUAUUAUUUUGAAGUAAAAAAGUGUUAUAUGUUUUUUUUUUUAAGAUUUAUUUACUUAUUUGAAAAGCAGAAUUACAGAGAGGCAGAGAGGUCUUCCAUUUGCUGGUUUACUCCCCAAAUGGUUGGAAUAGUGGAAGUUGUGCCGAUCGGAAGCCAGGAGCAUCUAACAGGUCUCCCACAUGGGUACAAAAGUCCAAGCACCUGGGCCAUCUUCUGCUUUCCCAGGCCACAGCAGAGAGCUGGGUCGGAAGUAGAGCAGCCAGGGCUAGAGCCAGAGCCCAUAUGGGAUGCCGGCACUGUGGUGGUGGCUCUACCCGCUAUGCCACAGCUCCGGCCCUGUGUUGUAAUUUCUGUUUGGCAUGAGGAAAUGAAUGUUUGUUGAAUGGCCACUUCCAGAUUUUUCAUAUUUUCCAAUGAAAAUUAAAGGGAACAGAGGAAGCCUGCUCAAGUUAAAUUAUUUGGGUCCCACAGAAGGCUGGUGCUGAAUUACAAUUGGAAUUCUACAGCUAAGAACUUGCAUUGCUGCCCUUCAGCAAGAGCUGGAAGAGAUCCGUUCCCAGGGAUAGGCUGGUGUACAGCGUUAUUAAAAAUGGCUUGGUCGUUUUUUGGAAAAUCGCUGCCUCAGAGCUGGAACCGCAGUCAUUUUCUGCCCUGCUCCCCUUAGCUGGGACACUGUCUCAGCGUUAGGCAGAGUUAGUAUCAGAUCUGCAUAUGGCUCUUCCUAGGCCACCUUAGCACCUGGACAAGUGACGGGCGAGGAGUUCUUGAGGUGAACAUUUAUUCAGGCGUGGAACUGUCCGAAAUACGUCAGGGCAUCCUUACAUCGGGAGACGUGAGGAAGAAAUGUCACAGAGUAGAAUGGGCCAAGGAGUUCUGUUGCCAGGCUGCCAGCCUUCUGCCUUGGCGACAGUGCCUGGGGAAGAGUGGGUGAGGCCCGGCCUUCAGCUCAUCGGCUGGCCGCCAGCUUCUGUGGUGAGGGAGGCCCUGGACUGCAGCUGGCGCGAGCUGACCGCCCUGCUUGUAAAAUAGAGAAGGCCGUGCUCUACUUCCACGGGCCUGUCUGAGGACUUCCAGGGGUCAUCUCACAGUGCUCUUGAACGCGCCUAAGAACCGGGUCCUGGUUUGUAGGGGGUGUUGGAGUGAACAGCGAUUUGGAAUACGCGGAAUUCAGUGCAUAUGUUUACAGCUCCCGAGUUUCCUAUUCUGGAGAAGCAGAACUGGUUGAUUCAUCUGCACUAUAUCCGGAAGGACUAUGAAGCAUGCAAGGCUGUUAUCAGAGAGCAGCUUCAAGAGACCCAGGGCUUGUGUGAAUAUGCUGUCUACGUUCAAGCACUGAUACUUCGCCUAGAAGGGAAGAUCCAAGAAUCCCUGGAACUCUUUCAGACCUGUGCUAUCCUCAGCCCUCAGAGUGUUGACAACCUCAAGCAAGUGGCCAGGUCCUUGUUUCUUUUAGGAAGACAUAAAGCUGCCGCUGAAGUCUAUAAUGAAGCAGCGAGACUCAACCAGAAAGACUGGGAGAUCUGCCAUAACCUGGGUGUCUGCUACAUGUGCCUGAAGCAGUUCAGCAAGGCGCAGGAGCAGCUGCUCAGCGCCCUGCAGCUGCACAGGCACGACCUGACUUACAUGAUGCUGGGGAAGGUCCAUUUGCUGGAGGGAGACCUGGACCAGGCCAUCGGAGUCUACAGGAAAGCGGUGGAGUUCUCACCAGAAAACACAGAGCUGCUUACAACUUUAGGGUUACUCUACUUACAGCUUGGCAUUUACCAGAAGGCGUUUGAAUACCUGGGAAAUGCACUGACUUACGACCCUACAAACUACAAGGCCAUCCUGGCAGCAGGCAGCAUGAUGCAGACGCACGGGGACUUUGACGUCGCCCUCACCAAAUACAGAGUUGUCGCUUGUGCUGUUCCGGAAAGUCCUCCCCUGUGGAAUAACAUCGGAAUGUGCUUCUUUGGGAAGAAGAAAUACGUGGCAGCUAUCAGCUGCCUGAAACGUGCAAACUACUUGGCUCCGUUUGACUGGAAGAUUCUGUACAACCUGGGCCUCGUCCACUUGACCAUGCAGCAGUACGCAUCGGCUUUCCACUUCCUGAGUGCGGCCAUCAACUUCCAGCCGAAGAUGGGAGAGCUCUACAUGCUCCUGGCCGUGGCCCUGACCAAUCUGGAGGAUAUAGAGAACGCCAAGAGAGCCUACGCAGAGGCCGUCCGCCUGGAUCAGUGUAACCCUUUGGUAAACCUGAACUAUGCCGUGCUGCUGUACAACCAGGGCGAGAAGAGGGGCGCGCUGGCCCAGUACCAGGAGCUGGAGAAGAAAGCCCGCCUCCUCAAGGACAGCGGCUCUCUGGAGAUUGACUCAGAGAUGGUGGAGAUGGCUCAGAAGUUGGGAGCUGCUCUCCAGGUGGGGGAGGCCCUGGUCUGGACUAAACCAGUCAAAGACCCCAAGUCAAAGCACCGCAGCCCCUCGAGCAGCAAGCCCGCCGGUCUGCAGCAGCCUCUGGGCUCCAACCAGGCUCUCGGGCAGGCGAUGUCUUCAGCAGCUGCGUACAGGACGCUCCCUUCAGGUGCUGGAGGCGCAGCCCCGCUCCCAAAGCCGCCUUCGCUUCCUCUGGAGCCAGAGCCUGCUGCGGAAGCAAGUCCAACAGAAGCGCUGGAACAGCGGAGCGAAAAAUAGCGAGGAGGACCCCAGAGUCAGGAGUUCUUAGGUAUCUGAGGAUGGCCCCAGUUAGCAAAGGCCAGGUAGCGGCAGGCAUCACAGAAUUAGAACGUGGAAUGCAGGAGUGCCAGUGACCCCACGGAGCCUGGAAAGGAGCCUAAGGCACGACUGUGCAGCCCCCCAGGCCCUCAGCCAGAAACAGGAGAAGAGUGACCCUGUCCCCUCGAGAACACAGGACGCGGCCUGGGUCUGAAAGGCUGGCUGAGCCCUCCCUUGUGCAGGGAGGGCGGGGACACUGCGCGGCGGCUCGCGAUGGUGAGGCCUGGGGAAGGUGCGAUUCUCUGAAUUCAAGAGGAAGCCGGGGAGAGCUCCGGGCGCUCGCCGGACGGGAUCUGGAGCAGGUCCCUGUGUGACGUCGGUGCGCAGCCAGAUCAUGUCAGUGUGCGAAGCAGGAGCCCACGGCUGCUCUGCUGUCAGCUCUGAGGAUUGGAAAAAAAUAGGGAAGCACCUGCUAGCCAAGGAGUUGAUAAAGGUAACUGUUUUCUCUCUAGAUUAUGUAUGAACAUUCCUUUGAGGAAAGUUGUACCUGAAUAAAGGAAUAAAUGAGACCACAAUAAAAACUUUAGAAAGCGA